CAUGGCCACGUGAGCUUGUCCCUCAUCGCGCAUAUCCACAGGUGGUAUCUAACCGUUCUCAUACGCCGAGGUGAAGUUGUCUCCUGCGCGUCGGGGCCAGGUCGUUGUCAUUAACUGUGAAAAAGACAAGAAAAGGACUGUCUUUUUUAUACGUUUGGAUACAGAAAGCAGAAUCCUGUUUAUUUCUGGUUUUACUUAAAAAAAGUGCAGUGGGGCACACCGUCCUUGUCCCUUUUUUUUGCGCGCAUUGAUGUUCACCAGCACCGCUACGGACCCGCAGGUGUACACGCGCUAUUUGAUUGCCUUCACAUCUUUCAGGUUACCUUGAGCUUGGGAGUGGGCGGCGACCUCCGGUCACAUGAUGGCGCUGACAGUGAACCUGAUUGGUCCGUCUCCUUGGGGCUUCAGAAUAUAUGGAGGAAGGGACUUCAAGAAGGCGAUAACGGUAUCCAAGGUCAACCAGGGCAGCAAGGCGGAGCAGGCGUCCCUGCGGCCUGGUGACGUCAUCCUGGAGAUCAACGGGGAGAACACGUCCGACAUGCUGAACGUGGAGGCCCAGAACAAGAUCAAGAACUCCAAGACCCAGCUGCAGCUGGCGGUGGAGAGACCAGAACUGCCCAGCCCCGGACAGACCAAUGGCAUGACCACCCCAGAGCAACUCACUGGACGCUUCCAGGAGGCAGUGCUGGUGAGCAGAGAUGAGAACCAGAACUACAGAGAUUACUCCAUCUCCAGUCCAGCCUCCCUGUCCCCAGGGCCGUACUCCCCAGAGCCUCCAGCCAGCCCCGACGGCCAGAGGGACUCCCUCACCCCCGGCAACAACAAGAGCAUCCUGCUGCGUUCGUGGUCUCCAGAGGAGAAGCUCCCCAGCCACAGGUUUUCCAGACCCCUGUCACAGGAGUUCUCCUCUCCAGACUUCAGGAGCAACUCUGUGUCCAGCCGCACCCCCACCCCUCCUGGACGCUACUCCCCCCUCAGCCCUGUGGACCGGGACAUGUCCAUCUCUCCCAGACGCAGCAGCUCCAGCAGUGACUUUGCCAUGCAGAGGUUCGACCGUGACUCGGAGGUCUACAAGAUGAUCCAGGAGAACAAGGAGUCUCGCACGGCCCCCAGGCAAUCCAACACCUUCCGCAUGCUGCAGGAGGUCCUGGAGGCUGACGAGAAGGAGGCCGCUCAGCGAUUCCCCGGGAACCUCUCGGCCCCCAGCCCCCCCAAGCCCAGCCCAGCGGUGGGAGGAGGGAGCAAGUACCACACCUGUGAGAAGUGUGGCUCCAGCAUUGUCACGCAGGCGGUGCGCAUCAUCGACGACCGCUUCCGGCACCCGGAGUGCUACACCUGCACAGACUGCGGCCUCAACCUGAAGAUGCGCGGCCACUUCUGGGUGGGCGAGGAGAUGUUCUGUGAGAAGCACGCCCGCGAGAGGUACCAGGGCGUGGGUGCCCCGCCUCGCGCCACCGUGUCCCCCCACCACUGAGGACCCCCCCAACCUCCUCCCUCAACCCCCCCCCCCCCCCCCCCCGGCUGCCCCACCCUGGACCCUGAAGACCCCCUGACCUUCAGUUACAGACCCUGGGCCGGGGAUUGGUGUGGGCGUUGGUCGUGCACUAGAUGUGCCAUUUCCUAUUAGCAUUUACGAUAACUUCACUUUGCAGUUUUAUCAUACGGAUUUUUCUUUCCUGUCAUUGUACGUGGUUUGGAAGUGUGCUUUUCAAUGUCCUUAUCCCAGACCACGUAGUCCAUCUGGGUUGAUACUGUAGUUGGCUCGAAUGAUAAUACUGUACAUCGGCAUCAUUUAAACCCUACUACACAACAGGACUGGUUUCCUGGUUGUACGAGCAGCCGAGAUAAAAUCCCUUUAAACUCCUAUUGACUUCUCGAGACCCAAUGUAUAAGUAAAAAGAGACCUAAGAUUGAAAAUGACAUAAUUACGAAUGGUGUGUGUGUGCGCAAGAGUGUUUUUCUGUGGGUGUUUCUGUGUGUGUGUGUGUGUGUGUGUGUCUGAUGGUAUUUCAGUUUGAUCAUUCAUUUGAAGUGCCUGAUUUAUAUUUGAAUAACUGAUUGGUUUUUUUUGUUACUGUAGAGUAUUAGGCCUGAAGCCUUUAGGUUUCCUUCUUCCUCUUUUGUAAACACGACUACAGUAUUUAGGAGAAACAACUUCUUGCCAAUCUAUACUUUAAUUAUGCUUAAACUUUUGCUUGUUGGUUAAUGAGGGAAUAUUAAGACACAUGCUAUAUACAAAUUAUCUUUCUUUGUGAAUAUAUUUUUGAUGGAGAAAUACACCGUAUUAAAUUGUUUAUUUGCUUAUUACCGCACAUAUACACAAUGCUGCAUGACUUUUGUUUAGUUUGAAAAGGAUUCACUAGGCACCUAGACCAAAACAUGAUAAGAACUUUUCAUGGUGCACCUAGUCACACAGAAUGAAGGUUUAAAUGAAAUUCAAUAUGUUCUGCAUGGUGAAGGGAGAUUUUCCAGAGAGACACUUCAUGUACAGGUUGGUUUUGUCAUGCACAGUGAUGUUUAGGUAUAGGUGUGUACAUUUAUGCUGAUAUAGUUUGUUGUACAUUUACGUUAUUCACAAUAUACUGUAGCUUAGCCUACCGCCUGUAUUGUGAGAACUAAGUGAAGUCGACUACUCCUUGGUAGUACUCACUAGUAACACCCCAGGUGUGUGUACAUUACAUGACACCAAGUCUCCAUGAACGGCAAGUGCCCUAUUCUCACUAACUUAAAGGUGAAUCGAUAUGUUUGCAUGAUGCUUUGUUUAAAAAAAAUAAAUUGCAUCUUUGAUGCUUUCUAAAAAGCUA